UGGGAUGGCUGUAAAUAUGGGCGGUGACACAGGUGUGCAUACCUGUCUCCUGUGCCUGGUCUUGCAGCUCCUCCUGUCUCUUUCUGAGAUCUGUUGCCAAGGUCCUCAGGAUUCCGGGGUGGCCCACCGCUUCCUCUUCACACGCCCUGUCUACAAUGCCACCAUUUAUGAGAACUCAGCUGCCAGAACCUACGUUUCCAGCGAGGUCAGGAUGGGGGUGUUUCUCGCCCGCCGCUCCUGGGACAUCAAGUACUCGAUUGAUUCUGUGGACGAGGAAGGCCUUUUUAGUGCAGAGGAGUACAUUGUGGGAGAUUUCUGCUUUUUGUGCAUUAGAACAAAAGGCGGAAACUCUGCCAUGCUCAACCGGGAAAUACAGGACCGUUAUGUUCUGACGGUGAAGGCCAUCACAAAAGGUGGCUUGGAGGCAUCAACCACAGUGAAUGUGCAAAUAUUGGACAUGAAUGACCUUCGACCUCUGUUUUCACCCACUGCAUAUUCAGUCAGUGUUUCUGAGAGCACCCCUCUGGGGACAAGUCUGGUGCAGGUAACAGCUACAGAUGCUGACAUUGGCUCCAACGGAGAGUUUUAUUACUCUUUCAGAGAGAUAGCGGAGAACUUUGCUGUCCACCCUACAAGUGGUGUGAUCUCUCUUUGCACAAAGCUGAAUAUGGACAAGCAGAGAAGUUACAACCUGGAGGUCUUAGCUGUUGACAGAGGAGUGAAGCCAUAUGGGAUUAAUGGAGUGAGCAGCACAGCAAAGGUAUCUGUUCAUGUGGAACGUGUCAACGAGUAUGCCCCCUCCAUGAACAUAGUUGUGAACAUCCCUUCCUUGUUGGAUACGAACCCAGUCUAUGCUGUGGUCAGUGUGGAAGACGUGGAUGAAGGUUUGAAUGGAGAUAUUGAAUGGGUUUCCAUUGUGGCUGGAGACCCUUUGGAACAGUUUGUUGUGGAUCGAUCAGCAGUGGGAAAUGAAUACAAGAUAAAGACCUCAGAGCUGGUGGACUGGGAUAGUUUCCCAUAUGGUUGUAAUCUCACGCUUCAGGCCAAAGAUAGGGGCUCACCACCGAAGUUUUCAGACUUGCAGGUGGUGCAGUUGUUGGUGAAAAGACCCCAGUCCAUUGAACUGAAGUUUGAAAAGGAGACUUACCAAACCAAGCUCAGUGAAAUUUCACCUCCUGGUUCCACUGUAGUUUCUGUAAAAAUAGCUCCCAAACCUAACAUAGUUAAAUACACUCUCAGUCCCUCUCAGGAUUCAGAGUAUUUCAAGAUAAAUGCACAAACUGGUGUAAUCACAACGGUUCAACAGUUCACCAAGGUAAAACAGAUGGUCUUCUCCCUGGAUGUUGUUGAGGUUAACAGUAGCCUAAGAACAAAUGUGGUGGUCACCAUUGAGGAUGAAAAUGACAAUACACCUACAUUUAGCCAAGCGUCUUAUGAGGUUAUUAUUAAUGAAAGUGUUCCCAUUGAUACAAAACUGAUAGCUGUGUCUGCAGUAGAUGCUGAUAAAGGGGUAAAUGGAUUAAUAACUUACAGUAUUCCAAGUCUUCAGGCUUUACCCUUCAUUAUUGACCCAUUAACUGGUGUUUUAAGGACAACAGAAGAGCUAGACUAUGAGUCUGCAUGUGAUAUUUACACAUUUGUUGUGAGGGGGUCUGACUGCGGCUCACCUUAUAGGCAAGAGAGUGAAGUCAACGUCACGGUUAGCUUAGCUAACAUUAAUGAUAACAAGCCUGUGUUUGAAAAGAUAGCCUGCCGGGGCACAAUCUCUCGUGAUUUCCCCAUUGGGCAUGGAAUAAUCACUAUGUCUGCCAUAGAUCUAGAUGAACAGGAACCCGUUAAGUUCAAGUUUAUUUCUGGAAAUGAGCGUGAUUUCUUUAACUUGAACCCUGACUCUGGCGUUCUUUCUUUGCGGAGGUCUUUAGCGACUGCUAAUCCAAAAAAUGCACUUUUCAGUUUAAAAAUGAUUGCCACAGAUGGAGAGAACUUCUCAGCUUUCACCUUUGUAAACAUUUCAGUUGUACGUGGAAGAAAGGGCUCUAAGAGUUUCAAGUGUAGGGAAACCAGAAUUGCUCAAACGUUAGCUGAAAAGCAACUAAAAAAAGCUACUUCUUGUAGUAAGCUCACAACUGAAGAGAGAAAUUCUGAUAUCUUCUCUGUGAAUAGACAGACUCCACAGUUUGAGUCUUUUCCCUCUGACAUAUCAGUGCAAGAAGACCUCAGGACUGGUGCAAGUGUCCUAAAAGUUAAGGCAUACGAUGGGGAUGCUGGCUUCAACGGUAAGAUUUUAUAUGCAAUAUCUGAUGGAAAUACAGACAACUGCUUCAAUAUUGACAUGGAAAGUGGUCUUAUGACAGUCUUUCUUCCAAUGGACCGUGAGAAAAAGGACAAGUAUCUUCUCAAUAUAACAAUUUGGGAUUUGGGUCAGCCACAGAAAUCUAGCUGGCGUCUGUUGAAUGUAAAUGUGGAGGAUGCUAAUGACAAUGAGCCACAGUUCCUGCAGGAGAGCUACAGUGCUGUGAUUCCUGAAGAUACACCUAUCGGCACAGAGGUCACUAAGGUCCAGGCUACAGAUAGAGAUUUGGGGCAGAAUGGUGAAAUUUACUACACAUUGCUAACAAGUGGCACUCCAUUUGGGAUUCACAGCUCAAGCGGAAUUGUUUAUGUUGCUGGGCAGAUUGACAGGGAAUACAUUUCAACAUUUCAACUUAGAAUUGAAGCACGUGAUAAGGGGAAGAAAGGCAGUCAGAAGUUCUCUGUAACUCUACUGACUGUGUCUCUGGAGGAUGUCAAUGACUGCCCCCCUGCUUUCAUCCCAAAUUUCUACAACACCCGCAUUCCGGAGGAUCUCCCAGUCGGCUCUGUCAUCACCUGGCUAGAUUCCCAGGACCCGGACCUGGGAUUGGGUGGCCAGGUUAGAUACACCCUGCUGAACAGCUUCAAUGGGGUAUUUGAAGUUCACAGAGACAGUGGGGUAGUAAGGCUGGCAAAGUCACUGGAUUAUGAAGAACAGCAGUUCUACAACUUGACAGUACAGGCCAUUGACGAUGGCCAACCUGUUGCUUUACGCUCUAACUCCUUUGUCGAGGUGGAGGUAGUGGAUGUGAUUGAGAACCUUUAUGCCCCAUAUUUUUCAAAUUUUGCACUAAAGGCCUCAGUAAAGGAAAACUCUCGGAUUGGAACCAGUGUGUUUAAAGUUGAGGCCAAAGACAGUGACAAAGGAAAAGAUGGAAAUAUUCGAUACUCCAUAAGAGGUGGAAGUGGUCUUGGCAGAUUCUCCAUUGAUGAAGAAACAGGUGUCAUCUAUACAACAGACACUCUAGACCGUGAGACUAUGGACUCCUACUGGCUGACAGUCUGUGCCACAGACAGAGGGGUGGUGCCACUCUAUGGCACCAUUGAAAUAUACAUCCGGGUGGACGACGUGAAUGACAAUGCCCCCCUGACCUCUGACCCCAUAUACCAUCCCACAGUCACGGAGAACUUACCUAAAGAUGUGUCUGUGAUCCAGAUCCAAGCUCAGGACCUUGAUGCCAUUGUGUCUGGAGACCAUCUCAGCUACCGCAUAACCAGUGGGAAUCCUCAGAACUUCUUUGCCAUGAACCCCAAAACAGGCCUUAUAACCACAACCUCACGAAAACUGGAUCGAGAGCAGCAAGCUGAGCACUUUUUGGAGGUAGCAGUCAUGGACAUGGGCCAGGCCUCCAGGCAGUCCACGGUCUGGGUGAUUGUGCACAUUCUGGAUGAAAAUGAUAACAGCCCGCAGUUCCCUGAGAAGAUCUACAAAAUCAGCCUCCCUGAGCGGGACCGCAACAAGAGAGGGGACCCCAUCCAUAGGGUUUUUGCCUUUGACAUGGAUGAGGGCCCCAACGCGGAUCUCUCCUACAGCAUUGUGGAUGGGAAUGACGACGGCAAGUUCUUCAUUGACCCCAUGACGGCUGUGGUAUCCUCAAGAAAGAUGGUUACUGCUGGGAGUUUUGACAACCUGACGAUAAAAGCUACAGAUGGUGGAACCCCUGUGAAGUGGUCCACAGUACAGCUGCACAUCACAUGGGUCCGCAAGCCAGUACCUUCUGCUCAGCCUCUGUUGUUCAGGAAACCGUACUACAAUUUCAGCGUCACAGAGGACACCCGGGUGGCCAAGACUGUGGGCGUGGUCUCAAUACAGCAGAGAACCACACCCCUGUGGUUUUACAUCACUGGUGAUGGAUCCUCCAGGGAGAUGUUUUAUAUUCCUCAAACACCUUGUUGGAGAAACUGUUCCACAGCCACAGCAGGGGGAACAUCUGAAAAACAAUUUGACACAAAAAGGGGACUGGGGACUAUCAUCAUAGCAAGGCCGCUAGAUGCUGAGCUCCAGUCAUUCUACAACAUGACCAUAGAGGUGACAGAUGGGACAAAUACUGCAUCCACAAAGGUAUUCAUCACGGUACUGGAUGUCAAUGACAACCCACCCAUAUUCUCCCAGCCGGCCUAUGAUGUGGCCAUCUCUGAGGAUGUCCCUGCGGACACGGAGGUGCUUCGCGUCCAGGCCACAGACAGAGACAAGAAAAGCAGGCUGAGCUAUUCCAUUCACAGCAGCGUGGACCCAGCCAGCAUGCGCAUGUUCCGUAUCAGCCCUGGGACUGGGGCCGUCUACACUGCUUACCAGCUUGACCACGAGACUCGCACCCAGCACAUUCUCACUGUCAUGGUGAAAGACCAGGAAUUCCCAUACCAUAGGGACCUGGCGCGGAUCCUGGUGACUGUGGAGGAUGAAAAUGACCAUGCCCCUUACUUCACCAGUGUUCUCUAUGAGGGAUCUGUGCUUGAAUCGGCACAAACAGGAUCCGUCGUACUGCAGGUGACUGCACUGGACAGAGACAAGGGCAAGAAUGGAGAGCUGCUCUACUCCUUUGAAGCAGGUAAUGCUGGAAACACAUUCUGCAUUGAACCAGUCUCCGGGAUAAUUUCCAUUGCCAAAGACCUCGAUCUAACAUCUGUCGGUUAUUAUGUCAUCACCGUGCGAGUGACAGACAAUGGCUCCCCUCCCAUGGGCGCGACCACCACUGUCAGGAUUUCUGUCAUACUUUCUGAGAACUCCAGCCCCAAAUUCCCCCAGAGCGAAUAUCAGGCAGAAGUUAAUGAGAAUGAGGCUGUCGGCACCUCUGUGACCACAAUCACUGCCCUUGGCCGCUCCACAUUGACCUAUGACAUAAAGCAAGGGAAUGCUGAAAGGAAGUUUAGGAUUAACCCUUACACAGGGGUCAUCAUAACCCAGAGACCUCUGGACUAUGAGAAUACUGCUUUGUAUGUGUUGACCAUACAGGCUGACAACCUGGCGGGGAAGUCCUCCAGCACCACUGUUAGCAUCCAGGUUGUAGACAGGAAUGACAACCCACCAAUCUUUCAACAGCUGGAGUACACUGGGAGCAUCAGUGAGUCUUCUCCCAUCAACAGUGUGGUCCUGACCACUGAUGGCAGACCUCUGGUGAUAAAGGCCACAGAUGCUGACAAGCACAGGAAUGCGCUGUUAGUCUAUCAGAUCAUGGAGGACACUGCCAAAAUGUUUUUCACUGUUGAUUCUGGCACUGGAUCAAUAAGAACCAUCGCCAACUUGGACCAUGAGACCUUUAGCAGCUUUAAUUUCAGGGUCCAAGUGAGGGACAGCGGAGUGCCCCAGCUGACAGCUGAGAGUCCAGUUCAAGUCACUGUCACUGUGUUUGACACCAACGAUUCCCCUCCCAGGUUUUCCCAAGAUGUGUAUGAAACUGUUCUGCUGCUUCCCACAUACGUUGGUGUGGAGGUACUGAAAGUGACCGCCACUGAUACGGACCAGACUAUCUCAACAGAGCUGACCUAUACGCUGACAGACAGCAGCUUGGAACAUUUUGCCAUUGAUCCCAUCAGCGGUAUUCUCAAGGUGAAGAACCUUGACUUCUCUAAGGAUCGCUACAGGUUCAGCUUGGUUGUCUGUGAUGGGAGGUUCUCCAGUACAGCUCUGGUCACAGUACUGGUGAGGGAGGCAAUGGACAGUGGUCUCUCCUUCACACAGGCACUUUAUACCUCCUCUGUCCAGGAGAAUGUCACCAAUGUAAUGAUGGUAGCAGUGGCGAGUACUGUAGGAAGCCGGCUUAAUGAACCCCUCAAAUACUGCCUCCUGAAUGCUGGGACUAAUUUCAAGAUCCAAGCCACAUCGGGGGUGAUCCAGACUACUGGUGUGCCCUUCGACAGAGAGGAACAGGAGGUGUAUGAGCUUGUUGUAGAGGUGAGCCGGCAGUAUGACCGAAUGCGGGUGGCAAGAGCAAUAAUAAGGGUCCAAGUGGAAGAUGUUAAUGAUAAUGCCCCGGUAUUCACUGGCCUUCCAUAUUACGCUGUUGUGCAGGUAGAGGCCAAACCAGGGUCGCCAAUAUUUCAAGUCACAGCCACAGACCGGGACAAAGGUAUCAAUGGGCAAUUGUGCUAUUCCUUAAAGCAGGCUCACAGACACUUCAAUAUUAACAGACUCACUGGCGAGCUCACACUGAAAAAAGCCUUUGAAGUGGACUUAUCCAAUGUAGAGUACCAGGUGGUAGUUCUUGCUGAAGACAGUGGGCAACCUCCUCUUGUCACCACAGUGGAGUUCCCGAUCACUGUGGUGAACAGAGCAAUGCCUGUUUUCGAUAAACCAUUCUAUGGAAUCUCAGUCAGCGAGGAUGUUGCUAUAUUCACCCCUAUCUUGGUAAUUAAUGCCACUAGCCCUGAGGGUGAGAGCAUCAUGUACACAAUAGUGGAUGGGGACCCUUCCUCACAGUUCAACAUUGACUUUGAAUCUGGCAUUAUUAGUGUUGCUUACCCUUUGGACUUUGAAGCCAUCUUCUCUUUCAGGCUGAUUGUUCGGGCAACAGACAUGCUGACAGGAGCCAGAUCAGAGGUGAGUGUGGAUGUGACAGUGCUGGAUGUUAAUGAUAACUCACCAGUUUUCCAGAGAGCCUCCUAUUCAGCGUCCCUACCUGAGACUACUGUUAUUGGAACUCCGGUCGUGCAAGUUUUAGCGACCGAUGAGGACUCUGGAAAAAACUGUGUUAUCAGAUAUCUGAUCCUUCCAGAUCACAUCAACAGCACAGACUAUUUCCACAUAGAUGGUAGCAGUGGGCUCAUUCUGACAGCUCGCAUGCUUGACUAUGAGUUGAUCCGCUGCUAUAGCUUUGCUGUCAGGGCGAUUGACAGCGGAUUCCCUGUCAGGAGCAGUGAUGUCACUGUCAUCAUUUCAAUGGUUGAUUCCAAUGACAACCCUCCUGUCUUCAGCCAACCGCUCUAUGAAGCAUACCUUAGCCAACUGGCACCAAAAGGGCACCUUGUGACUUGUGUCCAGGCAUCUGAUGCAGAUAUGUCAGACUUCAACAAGCUGGAGUACAGCAUCUUGUCUGGGAAUGAGAGGAUGAAUUUUGUCAUGGAUAAGAAAAUGGGGACUAUCACCCUGUCCAGCCAGGUGAGGCAGGGGGUGGAGUACAUGUACAGCCUGAAUGUAUCUGUGUCAGAUGGAGUUUUUACCAGCACUGCUCAGGUGCUCAUCCGAGUCCUGGGAGCUAACCUUCUCAGCCCUGUCUUCAACCAAAGGUUCUACCUAGCCCAGGUAUUGGAAAACGCUCCAAUUGGGUCUAGCGUGAUCAAAAUCAAAGCCAGUGAUGAGGACUCUGGGCUCUUUAGCCUGGUCACAUACUCCUUCAUCAAUGACAUGGGAAAGGAUCAGUUCAACAUUGAUAUGGAUGGCCUGAUCACAACCAAACAAAACUUAGACAGGGAGAGUCCAGCAAAUAAGGAUAUUGUCCUGGCCGUUAUGGCUGUGGAUGGGGGAGGGAGAGCCUCCUUUUGUUCCAUCAGAGUUAUGCUAGUGGAUGAGAAUGACAAUGCUCCUCAAUUCAAAGCUGUGGAGUACAGGGCAAGCAUCAAAUCCAAUGUGGCCAGGGGCUUCCUUGUUACUCAGAUUCAAGCCUAUGAUCCUGAUGAAGGUGUAAAUGGCAAAGUUACCUACUCACUUUACAGCGAAGCCCACAUCCCUGUAGUAGACACCUUGGAUAUAGACCCAGAAAAUGGCUGGAUGGUCACAAGAGGCAGCUUUACCCAUCUGAAGAACUCUGUUCUUUCCUUCUUUGUGAAGGCCUCUGAUGGAGGGAUCCCUAUGAAGCAUUCUCUAGUGUCAGUUUUCAUCCAUGUCCUGCCUUCUGAGGUCUCUAUACCUUCCUACACCCAGCCCCAGUACUCAUUCACUGUUCCUGAGGACACGCCCGUGGGUGCCACAUUAGGUUCCGUCCUUCUGGUCCCCAGCCAUCCGGCUGUCUUCCGCCUUGUUGCUGGGGAGACCUUGGAGAGCAAUCAGGGUGGUGUGUUCAUGGUGGAGAGGGAAAUGGGUAUCAUCAAACUAAGGAAACCUCUGAACCAUGAGGCUGUUAGCGUCUUCCGUUUCAAAGUGUCUGCAACUGUGAAGUUGGCGCAGGUAGAAUCUGUCUCAGUUGUAGAUGUGGAGGUGAAGGUACUAGAUCUAAAUGACAACAAACCCUCUUUUGAAACUGGCUCCUAUGAAGCAAUGGUCAUGGAAGGGAUGCCAGUUGGGACCCGGGUAAUACAAGUACGGGCCCUUGACCCGGACUGGGGCUCCAACGGUCAAGUUACUUACAGUCUAGGCCUUUCUCCAAACUCUGGAACAGAUGCGAUUUCCAGUACAUUUGCCAUAGACAGUAAAACAGGUUGGAUUACUACCCUCCAAGACCUUGACCAAGAGAUUUGUCCAUCAUACACAUUUACAGUGGUGGCAUCUGACAUGGGGGAGAUGGUCUCCAUGUCCUCAACUGCAGUUGUGACAGUCACCAUUGCUGACAUCAAUGACAACCCGCCCAGUUUCAAGAGGGACUAUUACAGAGGUGCAGUUUUGGAGAGUGACCCCCCAGGGGAGGUGGUGGCUGUUCUCAGCACACAAGAUGAAGAUGGCUCUGAUAUCAACCGGCAAGUCAGCUUACACAUCACAGGUGGGAAUCUGGCAGGUUUGUUUGCUGUGGGGUUGGUUGGGGGACAGUGGAAGGUGUAUGUGAAGGGACCAUUGGACCGAGAAGAGCAGGACCUAUUUCUCCUCAACAUCACUGCUAGUGAUGGGCUAUUCAUGACCACAACUGUGGUGGAGGUGACUGUGAUGGACACCAAUGACAACAGUCCAGUCUGUGUCCAGACCCAGUACACAACUUCUUUCCCUGAAGACACUUCCCUCAAUAGCAUCAUCCUGACAGUGCGGGCCACUGAUGCAGAUAUUGGUACCAGUUCAGAGAUUCAGUACUCUCUGUUUGGCAUCGGGGUUGAGGACUUCUAUAUGGAUGCUAACACUGGGGAAGUGAAGGUAGCUUCAGCCCUCGAUCGGGAGAGGACCCCUAGGUAUAAACUGAUUGCCCAGGCAACAGAUGGAGGGGGGCAGUUCUGCCGUGCAGAGAUCUCCAUGACCCUCCUGGAUGUAAAUGACAACCCGCCGGCCUUCUCUGCUUCCCGGUACACAGCCAGCAUCUACGAAGACGCAGCCCCAAAAGCUCUGCUGACCCGUCUGCAGGCCUAUGACCCAGAUGAAGGUGUAAACCGUAAGAUUUCCUACUUCCUGAUGGAUUCUGCUGGUGGGACAUUUUCUAUCGACAAGACCCUGGGGAUUGUAGUUCUUGAGAGGCCCCUAGACCGAGAGCUCCGGUCAUCCUAUAUCAUCAAGGCCCGGGCCUCUGACCAGGGGGUGGGCAUGGCUCUGUCCUCCUCGGUCGAACUGGCCAUCACUGUGCUGGAUGUCAAUGACAACCCUCCAGUUUUUCAGAAAAGGGAGUACACUGCCAGCGUACCUGAGGAUGCUGCCGUGGGAACAGAGGUGCUCCGUGUGCGUGCCACUAGCGAGGACAUUGGUGUGAAUGCUGACAUCUACUACAGCAUCCGUUCUGGCAAUGAGUUUGGGCAUUUUAAGAUCGAUGUUAUGACAGGCACCAUCUUUGUGUCCAAGGAUCUGGACUUUGAGGUGCGUAAAGGCUACUUCCUGACUGUGGAGGCCUGGGAUGGGGGCACUCCUCCUCUGGGAGCAGUCACCAUGUUAACCAUUGAAUUGACAGACGUGAAUGACAACGUGCCCACAUUCAAGCAGGAUGUCUACAACGUCGCAGUCAGUGAGGAUGCCACGAUAGGGCAGUCUGUCGUUCAGGUAUUGGCAAAAGACCUGGACAGCCAAUUAAAUGGACAGAUUGUGUACUCGAUUGUCAGAGGGGACCGUGGAUAUCAGUUCUUGAUCAAUCCAGCCUCUGGGGUGAUCAGAGUCAACAAAAACCUGGACAGAGAAAUGAUAUCCAGCUACUACCUGGUGGUGAAAGCACAAGACAGCGGAUCCCCCCCCAUGUCAUCGGCGGUAACAGUCAACAUUGAUGUGUCAGAUGUGAACGACAACCCGCCUGUCUUCUCCCAGUUCAAUUACACCAUUGCCAUUCAGGGGGGCAGUCCUGUUGGCACCAGCAUUGUGCAGCUGUCCGUCACAGACCCAGACUCACCCCGCAAUGGCCCCCCUUUCGAAUUACGCAUCAUCACUGGCAAUGCAGGAAAUGCCUUUGUCUUGGAUGAGGCUUGGACGCUUAGGUCCAAUCACAUCCUUGGGCUGGAUGGAAUGAGGGAAUAUGCUGUUGAGGUGCAGGUCCAGGACUCAGGGAAGCACCGCCUGUCGUCCACUGCUUACGUCUUUGUCCGUGUAACCGGAGAGAGCCUCGGCAGGCCUGUGGCCUUGCCCCUGGAGAUCCGGAUCAUCACUGCAGCGGACGAGUUCCCCGGGGGCGUCGUCGGGAAGAUCCACGCCACCGCCUGGAACGAGAAGGAUGUGCUGUCCUUCAGCUUCAGGCCCCAGCAGAGCAGCCCCUUUAAAAUCAACACGUACGACGGGAGGAUCAUAGCGAUGGGGGGCCUGGGCCCUGGCCGGUAUUUGCUGAAUGCCAGCGUCAACGACGGCCGCGUCUCCGUGGCAGUGGACGUGACUGUGGUCGUGGAGCGGGCGACCGCCGAGAUGCUCCGGGACAGCGUCACCGUGCGCUUUGGGAAUGUGUCCCCCGAGGACUUUGUGGGUCGGACGCUGCAGGAGCUCGUGAGCGCAUUGCGCGAAGUGGUCGGUGCGCCAGACGCCCAGGGCCGAGACACGGUGCACCUGCUGGGCCUCCAGCCCGUGCCUGGGAGGUCCCACCUGGACCUGCUCCUGGCGGCCGAGGCUCCGGACGGUGGCUUUUAUGGGGCUCUGCAGCUGGCACGGAUGCUCGCUGCCUCGCGGGGACGGCUAGAGCGCGUGCUGCCGAUCUCCGACAUCCUGGACGGAAGCUGCACCGGCCCAGAAUGCCGAGGGAAGCCUUGUGAGCAGGUCCUCGAUCUGGUGCCCGAUGCGUUUGUGACAUACAGCGCUGCAAGGUUCAGCCUUGUCUCCCCACGGUUCAGCAGGACUGAACACUGUGCCCUUCCUGAGGCCUGUAUUGGUGGUAACUGCACACCUUCCUCAGAGCUGUGUGAGAGUCAGUCCUGCCCAGAGGACAUGCAGUGUGCAGCCACAGGGGGCGCUCCAGAGUCCUAUACCUGCCAGUGUUUUCCAGGCAACCUGAGCCAGUGUGCAGGUAAAACCCCCCUCACUUUCACUGGAAACAGCUACAUUAAAUACCGAGUACAAGACGGUAGUAAAAGUAGCCAGAUGAAACUGGAAAUGAGAAUCAGGACACUGCACCGCCAAGGGGUCAUCGUGUACAAACGCUCUGAGCCCUGUUCUGUACUAAAGAUCGAGGAGGGAAAGCUGCAGUUACAGCUCGACUGCGACAACAGCCUGGGUAUCUCCAGGAGGCCGAUCAACGAUGGAGCCUGGCACGCCGUGUCCCUGGAGCUGAUGCCGAACCUCACGGUCCUGUCGCUGGACGACAGCUUCGUGGAGCGCCAGUGGCGCCGCGCGUCCGUUCGCCCCUGGCCCCUGGGCGGCGACGGCUCCUUCUUCCUGGGGGCGAGGGUGGUGCCUCCUGACCUCGACCCACGGAGCAGCGCGCAGAGCAGGGGGCCGCGUGCUCGGGGUGGGUUCCGAGGGUGCCUGAGCUCGGUGGUCCUGAACGGCGUGGAGCUGCCCCUGCAGAACAAGCGUAGCGGCUACGCAGAGGUCAUGGGUCUGACUGAACUGAAGCUGGGCUGCGUGCUGUAUCCGGACGCCUGUCAGGGAAGGCCCUGCCUGAACGGCGGAAGCUGCACCAGCCUGUCAUCUGGUGGUUAUGAAUGCAGCUGCACCUCAGAGUUUGCCGGGGAGCGAUGCGAGACACAGAUUUCCAUCUGUAUCCCCAAUCCCUGUCAAAAUGGAGCCUGCCGGUCCAUUGAGAGCAGCUUCCUGUGUGACUGCCAGAGGGGAUUUACUGGCCUCAUGUGCGAGGAGGAUGUGAACGAGUGCGAGCGGGAGGAGUGCGACAACGGCGGGACGUGCGUGAACACGGUCGGGGCGUUCUACUGCGACUGCGCGGAGGGGUACGAGGGACCGUUCUGCGGCCGGCCCGGCCCCACGGCGCCCGCCCCCACGGUGCCCGGCAUGCAGGCCGAGGCCCUCUCCUACGUGGGCCCGGUGGAGCUGGUCGGCAUCGGCGUGCUGGUCUUUGUCGUCCUCGUCCUCCUGGUGCUCUUCCUCGGCUUCCACGGGAAGGUCUUGCACCGGCGUCACGCGCACGGCGACCUGCCGCGGCGCGUCAACCGGGGCUCCUCCUUCCCGCCCGUCAGGGUCGCUCCCCGCGGUGUGUACCCAGACGGCGUGGGCCCACCGCAGGUCCUCGUGCACCCCACGGCCUACACCCUCCCCCGCAUCCACAGCGGCCCGCGUGCGGAAGCAGGCGGCCUGGUUGACGGACCGGGCCUGUCCAGCGCGGAGGCGUCGGCCCUUCGCCUGCUCCGCUCCGAGUCUCCACGCCGUCUCGCCACCCGGCGGGGAGUGGCUGUCUGCAGCGUGGCCCCCAACCUGCCCCAGCACUCCCCCUGUCACUCUGUCUGCAGCUCCACACUUAAAGUGGCAGACAUGGUCGAAGAGGUCACCAGUUUCUCGGGCAGUAACUCUGAGGUUCAGUCUCUCAGCUCUGUCUUCUCUGACUCCUGUGACGAUGCCUCAAUUGUGACUGUCGUUCAUCAGGACAACAGUGCAGCCAAAACCACUGAAAACAAAGAGGAUUACCCACUGGAUCAUGGGAACCAAAUUUGCUUUGAAAUUGUCAAAGAUUAUUUUGUGAACUCCUACUGGGGCACGCCUGACUGGAUAUCUGGUUCUCGCCUCCUGGAAAUUGAUGACGCACCCAGACUUGAGUCUCGGGGCAGCGCCCGUGGCCUGGAUGGAGCUGAUUGCUUUGGGGGGCACGACACUGAAGAGGGACGCCGCCAGCCCCCCAUGCCCCUCCCCGAGGGUCACUAUGACACCCCUCCGGCAGCUCGUCCCGUCUUUGCAGAGAGCCCCCUGAAAGGCCACCGCAUCCGCACGCACGUUCAUCCAGGCCCUCUCUGCGGGAGGGAGGCCAGCCUGGGCAUUUGGCGAGGGGGGUUCGGCACCUUCAGACCGCACCAGGAACCAGAGACUGGAAGCUUGGCGGGCAGCGAGUUGCCGACCCCUCAUCUGUCUAGCAUCUCUUAUUCUUCCCCACUCUCGGUCUCGGAUGGCAGCGACUACGAGAGCGUGGAUGAAUUUUUGGUGGAGUCACCUCAGGAAUUUGGAAACGGUCAUCGACGGACACAGGUUUGACCCUUCUCAUGUAUUACAUGUGAUAUACUGCAUGGGCACACUCAUUGCAGAAGAAAACCAGCGUUGUGUUGAAUAGCUGCUCACAGCCUGAGCCCCUGGCUGAUAAUUGUCCAGUACGUCAAGGAUUUACUUCAGCACUGAACAUCACAAAACAUUUAAUAUGCUGAAGGUUAUAAAUGUGAAAAGAAGCAUAUGGCCGUAACAGCUUUGUUCCAUCUGUCCACUGAACUAUUGAAGGUCCGCUGCAUAGGAAACAUUGUACUUGUCUUGUGAUAAAAAUGUAAAGGUAGGGGUUAAGCAAUGUGUUGUUUCUGCUAGAAUUCACACUACACCUUGGCAGCAAACCUAGAGAGAUUAUUCAAUUUCCCUGGCACACAUAGGAAUAUUUGUGUUCUCUGUUGCUCACUAGUGAUACUGCAUCUCUUAUAUGUGGUAUUUUUGAUUCCAUUCAAUAACAGUGAUUUGAUGAACCCACAUUUUAUAAACUGUGUUUUCCUCAACCAGAAGCAUACAGAUUUGUGUAUAUUGGUGUAAUGUUACACAUUCAUGCAGUAUUUAAUUCAGCCAUGGUCUCAGUCCAAGGUCACAGUUUCCUUUCAGGGAAUUGUGUUUGGCCAUGGUCUUGGUGAUACUAUUGGGUGCUGUCAUCACAAAGGUAUGUAUGAUGUGAGUUUUUCAACUUUUGGCGGGUAAUUGUGUGUGCAUUGUUUUCUAAAAUUUAGGGAAUUGUGUCAUGUCAGCUCUUUUGUUGCUUUCUUGUUGAACAUUAAAAGUACUCCAUUGUUCCUAAUCCUGAUAACGGUAAAGCCCUCAGGGUUACUGUGGGCGAUGUGUAAUGCCAAGUGCAUUCCAAAAAAUUGUAGCAUCCCUCCUAAACAGUCACUAAUGUCAGUUAACUGGAAUCUCUGUAAAACUGUAAUAUUGCUCCUAAUGAUGGUUAGCUAAGUAGGAAAAAAAUGUUAUGUGCCAUUUGUUUAAACUAUUUUUUAAUGUAUUCCUAAUGUUCCCAGUAAGGCAGAUUUACGAUUGUUAUACUGUUAACAUUUUUCUAAAUUUACAUUACAUUAGUAGGUUGUCCAAAAGAAGAAUUUGUGUCGACAUUUACUGUUGUUUCUAAGUUGAAUUUCAUUUAUAGAUUGUGAAUGGUGUAAAAAAAAUUAGA